AUGGCAGAUCCUGAUUAUCCCAUGGACUAUGUCUCCCCUCCCGGAGAGCCAUAUACGUACCCAGAUAUCGACGAGACCAUUCAGUACCCGUGGCGGGAGAAUGAUGCUGUUGCCGCUCAGGGCAAUCCUGCUGACCCGGUGAUCGACCCGCUCCAAGAAGAUGGGGAUCUGUCCGAGGAUAGUCAAGACUCCCCGGGUCAAGGCCAGGGAUUUGCUGACGGUAUGGACGAUGAUGAGUCCGACUAUGAGUUUUCGCAGCAGGGAAGCGGAAGUGAGGAGGGAGAAGACGACGACGAGUCUUUUGAAGAUGAUGAUUCUGAUGACUCCGCCGUGGCACGACGCCGUCGUCGAGGUGGAGGGCGUUUUUCCGGCCGUUAUGGUGCCCGAGGUGGAAAGGGUAUCAAACGAGGACCACGCAAAGCGCUGGAUCCUGGACCAGAGUUCAAAAUGUUCCAUUCAGAAGCCACCUCCGCUUUCAUCGAUGGUGAUUACGACCGCGCUCAUGAGUUCGUGAACCAAGCAAUUCAGAUCAACCCCGAAAUGUUCCCGGCUCAUUCGCUAUUGUCGGAAAUUUGGCUGGCAAAAGGGGAUAAUGCCCGAGCCUUGCAAGCGCUUUGGAAUGGUGCUCAUACCCGACCAAAGGACCCUACCGUUUGGAUGAAGGUUGCACGCCUUCUUCUGGAGCGCGCUGGUGAAAGUCGUGCGAGUGCAUUGAACGACGUUAUCUAUUGCUACAGCCGUAUCGUUGACAUCCAACCUGGAAACUACAAUGUCCGAUUCCAGAGAGCAGCACUCUAUCGGGAACUCGGACACAAUGGUAAGGCUGCUAGUGAGUACGAGCGUAUUUUGAACGACAAACCAUACAGCACUCGAGCUCUUCGACACAUAGCAGAGAUCUUCAUUGAUCUCAACGAUGUUGACCGGGCUAUCACCCAUUGGUCAAAAAGUGUCAACCAUUUCCUAUCGCUUGACCCAGACCGAGUUCGAGAUUUCUCCUGGUCCGAUAUCAACAUCUAUGCCGAGCUCUUUGGAUACGUGAGCCGGCCCAGGGAAGGGCUCUAUCACCUCAAAACGCUCUCUAGAUGGAUUUUGGGUCGCAAGGAUGACAUUAUGUGGGCGGAUUUUGAGGACGAUGACCGAGAAUGGGACUCUCAGGAUUCACCCCGCCGAAUCAAGACCGACGGUUACAUUCCUGGUCACUGGCCACGAGAUAGCUAUGGACUUGGGCUCCCUCUCGAGCUUCGUGUCAAAAUGGGGAUGUUCCGAUUGAGGAUGGGUGACAAGCAUCAUGGAGAGGCUAUGCAUCAUUUGGAAUACCUAAAUCCGGACGAUACCUCCGAGGGGGCUCGUAUCUUUGACUAUGGUGAUCUUUUCCGAGAAGUUGCAGAUGCCUUGAAAGAUGUUGGGUUGCUUGAAGAAGCGCUUCGCUUCUAUGAACCCAUUCAGCAGACCGCGGAAUAUGCAGACGUCGGCUUCUUCCUGGCCAUGGCCGAUUGUUGCAUGCAACUGGGCAAGAUCGAGGAUGCUGAAAGCUGCUACCUCACUGUUGCCGACCAUGACUCAAGUAACAUAGAGUCUCGCGCGCAGCUAGCAAAGCUCUACGACAGCCUCGGAAUGCCUGAUCAGGCAUACAAGUAUGUAAAUGAGGCUGUCUUGCUCAGCCGACAGGAAACAAGGACUCGUCGGAGAAGAAAAGAUGCUCGGCUGGAGCAGCUUGCUGCCGAAUUUAGGAGGUCUGAACCUGUGGCUCUCAGGCCUAUUGCGCCUAAACCUGGCCCAGUGGAGCCAUGGCCUGCGACUGUUUCUGGGGAACAAGAGCCUGCUGUACGGCGAGGUGAAGCUGCCCGUACAGAAGAUAUCAAGUUCCUUUAUGCAAUGAUGCAGCAACUGGAGCCCAAAGUUAAGGACGGAAAUGCCGAAGCUACCGAGGACUGGCUCGAUAUUGCUGAUGCCUUGCUACGCGAGUUCCGAUCAAAUCGGAUAUUUUACCCCAUGGCACGCACGACCGAAUUCCAGGGUUAUUCCAGCCAAGCACAACGGAGGGCCAACGGGUCUAAGAACAGUGUCUUUUUGAAUGAAAUGGAGGAAAUCGCGGGGCGCUUGCAGAAGUCGAGAGGUGGCGAAGACGAAGAGGAACCACUACAAGGUGCUAUUCCAACGGAAUAUCACGGCAUCUCAUUUGACAUGUGGUUGGACCUAUUCCUCCAAUAUUCCCUCACUAUCACCGAUCAGGGUGAGCCAAUUGAAGCCUACGAAGCCCUCGAAGGUGCCGCGACAGCUAGCGUUUGGUUUCACGAUAAGCGCAAAUCUCGCAUGAUCCAUGUUUGUUGGUUCACGUGUGCGCUUCGAGCCCAGGAUGAGGACGCGCUCACGACCGAGGCUCGUUGGUUCGUGAAGGAGUAUCAAUUUGUCACAGACACCUAUCGCCUCUUCUCGAUGCUGAGUCACCUAGCUGGGAAUCCUCGGAAGUCCCUCUUCAACUCCUCUCCGAGCAUGAAAUUUAUGCUCCGCCAGAUCAAGGCUAUGGACUUCACCCUUCCAGAUGCGGAUGACAAGCCCAAGCCGCCGCGGCAAUCAGUUUGGCGGGAACGUGCCGCUCUCUCCACCAAAGACGAGCAUGGGAAGGACAUUCCAGCGUCAGAGCUUGAUAUCGCUCUGCUUGUGCUUUACGGACACAUUCUCUAUUCGGGAAAUAGUUUCUACCCAGCAUUGAACUACUUUUUCCGCGCCUACGCUCUCGAUGAUCAGAACCCAGUUGUUCUUCUCUCCAUUGCACUCUGCUUCAUUCACCAUUCCCAUAAACGACAGUGUGAUAACCGACAUUAUCUCAUCAUGCAGGGUCUGUCAUUCAUGCAUGACUACCGCCGUGUCCGCGGGAAGCGCGGAGCUACACUGCAAGAGCGUCAAGAAGUGGAGUUCAAUUUUGCUCGUGUAUGGCACGGCCUCAACCUGUCUCACUUGGCUGUUGAGGGGUAUGAACGAGUCCUCCAAAUUGGCGAAGAGAUCCAUCAGCAGGCCAUGAAACAAUCCAAAGACUCAACGGACGACGCCGAUGUGGAUAUGAAUGGGGCUAGCGGUAUUGCGGUGACUUCAGGCCAGAACUUUGUGGAGGACUUCUCGCGCGAGGCUGCAUUUGCUUUGCAAUGCCUGCAUGUACUCGGUGGCGAUGCGGGUACUGCUAAGGAUGUCACGGAAAAGUGGCUUGUCAUUUAA